UUCGGAACAGAACGUAGUUCUGUAGUUCUGUAGUUCCAUAGAACCUCUCUGAUGCGGCCAAAAGUUUGUAAGUACAAGUGGAAUGUUGCAACAGACAGUUUGGAUCCAGCAGUCAAACAGUGCAGACAGACAUCACAACUUGACUCGAAUUUCUAAAGAGAUCCACAACACCACGAAGAUGCUCGGACAACGUAUUUUUGGCCGAAAGAAGAAACAACAAUCUCAUAAGAAGACUGUGGCUGAUGAGAAGAGACAGCAAUAUAGCCAUCAGGCAAGCGGCGGUGUCCAGGAUGUACCUGCUGCUCCAGUCUCAGCAAAGCCAGCUGAGGCUUGGGAGGACCAACAGGCCAAGAAGAAGAAAUGGUGGAAUCGCCUCUUCGGUUACCUUGACAAGGAAAGUGUUCCUGGCAGGAGGCCUUCAGCCCCACAGGAAAGACCUACUGUCACCACCUCAGAUGCUCAAACUGCGUCACAGAAGGAAGCCGUGAGGAAUUUUUGGCGUUGGCUGUUGAUCAACAACGGGAGAAAACAUCGCGUCUCACCGGUCAACAUCACCAGCGCUGAAAAGACGGACUCACCAAACCCUGAGAGGAGCAGCAGCCCUGCAUCAACGAACAACACAGAUGAGCAGGACGAGUGUGACGAGCGUGAAGCCGUGACGCCGUUUUGCUCACUGGAUGACGUCACGCAGGCAAAUUCAGUCGACAUCACUGACCUCGAGGAGAAGCUGUUCAUGGCCCGACUCAACGACAACGAAACAAAUUACAUCUGGGACACUGACAGUUCUCUGGAUAGCCCCAUUGACUGCUUCGGAUUUCCAAACAUUGGGCAGACCUGCUAUAUGAACGCAAGCCUGCAGAGUAUCCUUACAUUAGAGGACUUCAUUGGGGGCAUCAGUCUCAUGGAGCACGUGUGGAGCUCAGUACCUGAGGCUCAUCUGAUGAGAAGCUUGAUGGAUGUCAGGGACGUUCAUUCGUCCAUAGACACUCAAGUUAAAAUCCCCUUCCUGCAGUUCUUUAAGGAUGUGGUCUCUGCCCAGGCGCCUGACUUCUGGGACACUCUGCAAAAGGACGCUCAUGAGUUCCUGACUGCAGUCCUGGAACAGAUGAGAGGUCUGGUCCCUCUGCUGCAGGAGACAGCAGCUGUCGUGGGCACACAUUAUACCUGCCCUGUAGAGGAUCACCUGGUGAUCACAAUGGAGAACACCAGGACAUGCAAGAGCUGUGGAGCACAGUCAGUGAGACAGGAGGAAUUCACAAACCUGUCUCUAGACCUCCUCCCUGGAGGCUCUGUGGAGGAGAUGCUCCAGGAGUACCUUAAGGAGACGGAGGUGGAGUUCAGGUGUGACUGCGGAGGGAACACGUCGAGCUGCAGAUCAUCCUUCCUCACUCUGCCACAAGUGCUCAUCCUGCAGCUGAAGAGGUUUCGCUACUCUCCCUUCUUUGAGCUUGAGAAGGUUGAUGACCCUGUCAGGCUGACAAGGGACCUGCUGGUCUCCUCCACACAGGAUGGAGGCUGCUACAGCUUGAUCAGCGCCAUCAGCCAUUUUGGCUCCACAGAAAUGGGACACUACAUCAGCGAAGGCAUCCACCCAGACAACAAUCCGGAUGAACCAGAUGAUCAUUGGCUCACCUACAAUGAUUCAAUGGUCUUUGACACGUCCGGCAAGUUAGUCUGUGAGCAGCAGGAGAGGGGUGCUUACAUCCUGUUCUACAAGAGAAUAGUGUAACCCAACUGACGACGUGAUGUCAGACUAAGAGACCUGGACACAGUCAAGACGUGAUGUCGGACUAAGGGAUCUGGAUACACCACAGGGAGACAGGAUGACCAUCAUGGAGCCAGGAGACCCGCCGCGGGACAAGGAACGUAAGUGAGUUUCUAAUCUUGUCUGUUUUCUUGGUGCAGUUGUUCAACGUGACGGUGGACAACUGAUGACCAGGAAAGACGACUGGAGGAUGAACGAAGAAGAUGUCCCGUGGCCAGAAGCAGCUGACGAUUCCCUUGCCCUUAGGAGGAGGGGCCCCCCCAGAGAGCCUGGUUCCUCCCAAGGUUUCUUCCUCUAGCAGGGAGUUUUUCCUUGCCACUGUCGCCUCACAGUCUCUGGACAGCAGGACAAACCCAACUCAUCUCAUCAGCAUAGACACCACAGUUGUAGAGAUGGUCCUGCAUUGUGCCAGAGUAUGGCUUGCUCUCUGGGGAGAACUACAAAAGAAAAUCAAAGAAAAUAAAUACUAUUGGACUUUAUGAUGUUGUUGGUUGUAUUUUAAUGUAUUUUUCAGUGAGAGUUUUUAUAGUUCCAUAAUACAGCGCCAAUUCCAAAAAAGUUGGAACAUUGUGUAAAAUGUAAAUAAUAACAAUCAAAUCCUUUUUGACUUAUAUUCAAAAUGAAUAAAGUCCAAAGGCAAGAUAUUUAAUGUUCAAAAUGAUCAACGUAUUGGUUUUUGUAAAAUACACACUUAUUCUGAUUUUGAUGCCUGCAACACGUUCCAAAAAAUUUGGGAGAGGGCAACAAAAGACCGGGGAAGUUGUUGAAUGCUCAAAAAACACCUGUUGGAACAUUCCACAGGUACCAGGGGGCAUCUUUAAAAGGCUCAGGUGUUCACAAGCAAGGAUGGUCACUUUUUGGGCAACCAGUUUGAGAACAACUAUUCUCAAUGCACAAUUACAAAGAAUUUAGGGAUUUCACCAUCAACAAUCUAUAAUAUCAUCAAAAGAUUCAGAGAAUUCUCUGCAUUUAAGGGUCACAGGUUCAGUCCAAUACUCUGCACGCUGGAACAGAGAGCUGGUGAGUCACUGGCGUCCACUGAAUGCCCACACACAGCAAACAGUUCAGAGGUGUGCAGCGGUACAGUUAGGAAGCAGACAGGAAGUGGCAUCAGAUGAGUAGAGGAUUCGAUAUAAGGGGAACACACAAGGGAAGCCAACACAUUUGUGAGGAGCCGACUGUAGGUAGGUCGUAACUAUUGAGGAACCAGCGGUGAUGAUGAGUGGAUUCUGUGGCGGACACACAAAGGCAGAAUGUGCAGCCAUGCUGUAAGGUAAUCCACAGUGCAAGAAAUCAUAGGCAGCAGAACAGGUAAACUCACAACAGAGAGCUGACUGGCAGUCAGAGGCAGUGCCAGACAUUGUAGACAUCCGGGGCUUAAGCGUGGUCUAACUAGGGGGGUCCAGGGGCAUGGUCCUCCGGGACCUACAACAGAUUCAAGUUACUGUAUACUCAACCUGCUGCCCCUUGCUGUGAAUCAUCUUCCUCCUCUUCCCUGACUUCCCCUGACUCAUCUGUGGGUCAAAGUAAAUGCAGUGCAUUGUUUAUAAUAUAGCCUACUGUAAUAUAAUGUAAUAUAAUAUAAUCGUACUCGUACUCGUACUCGUCGUCCUCCACUUAUCCGGGUUCGGGUCGCGGGGGCAGCAGCCUCAGCAAAGAACCCCAGAUCGACCAGUAAAUCAAGAGCUUUGCUUUCUGGCUAAGCUCCCUCUUCACCACAAUGGACCGGUUGAGCGCCUGCAUCACUGUUGACGCCACCUCGAUCCGCUUGUCAAUCUCUUGCUCCAUCCUACCCUCACUCGUGAACAAGAUCCUGAGAUGCUUAAAUUCCUCCACCUGAGGCAGGACCUCCCCCCCGACCUGGAGUGGGCAAUCCCCCCUUUUCCGGCUGAGGACCAUGGCCUCAGACUUGGAGGUGCUGAUUCUCAUCCCAGCUGCUUCACACUCAGCUGCGAACCGUCCCAGCAAGAGCUGGAGGUCACUGUUCGAUGGGGCUGGGAGGACCACAUCAUCCGCAAAAAGCAGGGAUGAGAUCCUCCCGUCACCGAACCUGACACCCUUCACCACACGGCUGUGCCUAGAAAUUCUGUCCAUGAAAGUUAUGAACAGAACCAGUGACAAAGGGCAGUCCUGGCGGAGUCCAACUCUCACCAGGAACAGGUCCGACUUACUGCCGGCCACGCAAACCAGACUUGCAGUCCUUCGGUACAGGGACUGGAUGGCCCCGAGCAAGGGGUUUACAACCCCAUACUACCGGAGCACCCCCCACAGGAUUAUAAUAUAAUAAUAUAAUAUAAUAUAAUAUAAUAUCUAAUACCAAAUAUCAGCUUCAGUGGAUAGAUGGAAAACAUUCUGCCCUCAUUCAACCUGUAAUUGUGCGUAAUGGACUAGGUUGAAUUAUGGAAAAUAAUAAUGUUGAAAGAAGCCUAUUAAAUCAACACAAUGCAAACAUAUUGCUAACCAAUGCAUUGUUACUUCUUUGUUUGCAUCUUUAUGUUGGAUGUGGUUGAGUGACAGAAAGAAAGGGGUCAAAGUUCAAUCAGCUGUGGAACAGGGGCUUACAGAACGUGACGCAAGCCACUUGCUACGUUGCUAACGCUAACCUUCAGAUGGUACAGGAUGGAAACAGACAAACUUGUAAUGAGAACGCAGCAAAUGUAACUUUUCUAUUGUACUUCAAUAAAAUCUUUGUUAACACAGCAUGUCAACCACUGAUAUUUUAUUUUCUUAAGUUACUCUUGGAUUUCUAAAAUCUUUGGUGGACAUAGCAUCAGGUAAUGUCAUGCUUUUGUAGAUUAUAUAUUAUUAUUUUGCAACAUCAACACUAUAAGACAAAGAUGUGGAUGCCAGAAAAUGGAUCAUAAUGGUGACUUCUCUGACAUUAUAACCAAAAUUGGUAUCAUAAUGUUGCUCGAUGAGGUUUCAAUUUCACGUCAAGAGAUAUUUCCUAAGUUCUUAUGACAACUUAUGAGUCAUUCUAUAAUUAAAGGUACAUUUCACAUCAACCAAAAGGUGAAGAAAUCACUGUACUUUUUUAUAAACAGUGUUGUUGCCUCCACUAGAGCAAGCUCAAGAGGAGACUGUGAAAUCCCGUUCAGACGCACUUCAUUCUCUCAAACUGUCUUAUCUGUCAGAGGUAGUAAAAUCUGGAAUAGCCUGCCAAUCUCCAUAAGAGAUUGCUCCAGUUUUUCAUCUUUAAAAAGCAUUUAAAAGACUGGCUCAAGCACAACCACACCUGUAACCAUUGUUAAUGUAUGUAGCACCUUUGUGAUCAUGCACAUUAACAUGGGCAAACUAGCACUUUAGUACAAAUACUACACCGCUUUAAAAUUAUACUCCCUCUUUCCAUUCCAUCUCCAGCAUCCUCAUCAUCCUCUAAGAAUUAAUGUACUGGUCUCUGCAUUGUUGCAACCCCAUUUUUCAUAUUCACCCCCAACAGAUUUAUCCUUAGUCUAAUUUUAUUUAACUGAAAUCGUGGUAACUCAACUUUUUAUAUCAAUAACUGAGCACUGCAGCACUUUACAAUGUUACUCAUACCCACAUUCCUAUAAACUAUGACUAUAAUCAUGAACAGGUUUUGCAUUGCUUUGCCUGACUUUUUACCACACAUCAAAGUCAUGUUGCACUGUAUUACACUGCACUAAAUGUAUUGGUCACACUUGUAUUUUCUGUUUUGCACUAAAUGUAUUGUCCUUGUUUUGUAUUACUGUCUGU